AUGGGGUCAGAGCAGGGAGUCAAUGCUGACUCCACGCCGGAGCUCAGAUUCACCCCACUGGGAAUCUGGUGGACAUGCUGGGCAUGCGUAUGGACUGUCCCCAUCGCGAUAGGCAUUGCAUAUCUCAUCGCUCAUCGCAACACACCUCCCCUGCGGGUCCGAGGCCUUGGGUUGUCACUCUCUGCCAUCGUGCUUCUUCACUUUUAUUGGAUGUCUGUUCAAUUCCACUCGACGUUUGAUGCCGUGGAACCCCAAGUUUCCGAGUACUGGAUCAUGGGCACCUGGCUGCCUUGUGGUAUUGCCCUGUUCCACGCUUCCAACAGUCGUUUCCUCCACGUUGCCAUGCUGCAAAAGAAAUAUGCCCAGCCUGGCAACCGUCUUAUUGAUUACCCUUUCACCUCGAGGAGCAAGAGCGGCUUAAUCAACCGCUUUCGCCGUCUCAGCUAUACGUCCAAGGUCCUCAUCGUUGUUGGUAUAUCAAUGUUCAUUCAGGUGUUUCUUACUGCCUUGAUGUUCAUCAUUUCGCGCAAGUGGCAUAGCUCCUGGGGCAUUCCUGGCACCGAGGUUCACGGUACCGCUAAGGAACAGAAGAUAGAGAAGGGUAGAGGCUGGGAAUGGUGGCCGGGUGUAUUUUGGCUGUUUUUCUGGUCCUGGAUUAUUGCUCCCAUAGUUCUUUGGAAGUCUCGCAACAUCCACGAUACGCAGGGCUGGAGGAUUCAGACAAUUGGCUGCGCUCUCGCUAACCUGCCCGCUACCCCUUUGUGGCUCAUCGCUCUCUAUGUUCCUGCUAUGGCGCCCGUCAAUAAGUACUGGUUACCUGCGCAGUGGAUCUGCCUUUCUAUCCAAUUUAUGGAAGUCUUCACCGUCUUCCUUCCCUGCUGGGAGGUUAUGCGCCACCAGUCUCUCCGCCGAGCGACGCUCGACGGACUCGUGCAGCGGAAGUCAAAAAACAAGACCUCUAAUUCUGGAUCCAGCUCUUUCGUCUCCGUCUCUACCAUGGCCAAGAACAUGAUCUUUGGCUUGAAGUCAAGGAAGGGCUCCGUCACGAGUAAAACCAGCUUUGAUGAGAGUAUCCUGGCUAUGAGCGAUCUUGAAUGCUUCCUUGAGCACAAUCCUGCUCCUCUUCAGGAAUUCGCUGCCCUCCGAGAAUUCUCCGGUGAGAAUAUUGCCUUCAUUACCGCCGUCGCCGAAUGGAAGAGUUCGCUACCCCCGGCUGUCCGGGAUGCCACGGCCGCCAGUGACUACAGCGUCAAGGAGCUUACCCGCGAGCAUUUUAAUCACGCCUUACACAUCUAUGCCGAGUUUGUCAGUAUUCGUCACGCGACGUUUCCUAUUAAUAUUACUUUUCAAGAUCUCUCGAAGCUCGAAACGAUCUUCGAGAGCCCCACUCGAACCCUAUACGGCGACAAGUGCGAAGUUGAUACUAUCGCUCCUUUCGACACUCCCAAUUUCUCCUUUGGGUCACUUUCGACCUAUUCAUCUUCGGAAGACACAGAAAAGACUCUCCAUAGUUCGUUUUCUGAUGAUAUCAAGAACCGAGCACAAUACUGGGGCAAGGUUCCCGAGGAGUUCGAUGCAACUGUCUUCGAUGAUGCCAUCCAGAGCAUCAAGUUCCUUGUCCUUACGAACACAUGGCCCAAGUUUAUCAGGACCUUCGAUAUCUCUACAAGCUGCUCCAAGACCCUGGAGGCUGGCAUGCGGAAUGAACAUGAGCGAUAG